UGAGCUUGAGGAAGUCGGUGGUUAGUGUUAGUGAGGAGCAGAAGAAAAUCUUGACCUUAUGGAGAGCCAGGAAUAUCACUAUCCCGAUUCUGGACAACCCCAAAGGAUACAGCCUGGCGUUCGACCUAUGGUGGAUCCCGAUGCCGAAGGAAUUGUCGAUCCUUCCAUGUACCCCCAACCAAAAGAGGCUACGCACAAAAUCAGAGGGAGAUCCGACCUCAUCGAAACUCUUUUCGGUCCAGUGGACCAAGAACUGCUCGUGGUGAAGAGCUUCUACUUCUUCUUCUACUCUGCCUUUGGAUCCUUGUUUCCCCUCAUGGGAGUCUAUUUCAAGCAAAUGGGAAUGAAUGCUAGCCAGAGCGGAUUCUUGAUCGGAUCCAGACCGUUCGUGGAGUUCCUGUCCGCUCCUUUUUGGGGCAGUUUGGCCGAUAGGUGGCAGAAAGGGAAGAUUCUAUUGCUGGCAUCUUUAGCAGCCUGGAUCAUUUUCACUGUUCCUCUGGGAUCGAUACAGCCUCCCCCCACUUCGUGUAUGGACGUGGUGAAUAAGUCGACUGCUAUCCUGGUUUCGCCGGAGGUUAACAUGGGAGUGAUUAAUAAAAGAUCGGUUCCAAGUACCAAAGAUGUGGAAGGAACUGAAGUUAGCAGUCCUCCCAGGAAACCUAAACUUAUACCACCUUCCAAUGCUGGCCAAUCCCCAAUCGCCGUCAGUUACGCUUCGAAUUACAACCAGCAGGAACACGAGAGCUGGGUGCAACCGAUCAUAUCUUCCAUCGUCUACCGUACCCAAGACAUCCAACGAGCCUUCUUCCUCCUACUUCUCCUAGUCAUCAUCGGAGAAUUCUUCAGCGCACCAGCUGUCACCCUGGCAGAUUCCGCGGUGUUAACUCUCCUGGGCGAAGACGCAGACACCUACGGCCACCAACGGAUGUUCGGGUCUUUCGGUUGGGGCUUGGCCAUGUUCUUCGUGGGGAUAGCUCUGGAUCAUUCCACGGCCUUUCCAAAUCAUCCUUGCGGACCAGCUGCGAAGGAAAAGAAUUACACCAUCUGCUUCGCCACGUUCUCGGUUCUGAUGGGGGCUGCCUUGAUCAGCGCUACGCAGAUAACCUUCAAGUAUGAUGAGCAAGGCUCGGCAGCUGUGGAUGAUGAGAAGGUUCAGCAGCCGAUUUCGGAAGAGGAUCGUAUGCAGGCCCAGCUGGCUGAGCAGCUCAAUUUGCCCUCUUUGGCAGAUACCAGUGCGGCAGAUGUGCAGGGAGUUCCUAAGGAACAGAAGACUAAAAUAUUCGCCCAAACAACGAGAGAAAUUCCUGAGUGGGUGACAGUGAUCAAGCAGUACAAAAACUUGAAAUGCGCCUCUUUCCUCUUCGUAGCCUGGUUCAUGGGAUUCGGGAUCGGCCUGAUCUUCACUUUUCUCUUCUGGCACUUGCAAGACUACGGAGGAACUCCCACUCUCUUCGGGGUUGCUUCAGUUAUCAAUCACAUAUCGGAAAUUUUUGCUUACUUUUUCAGCUUCCGACUCAUCAGGCAAAUGGGCCACGUUAAAGUACUUUGCUUGGGUCUGAUCGGGAACACUUUGAGGUUCCUUUACAUAUCAUGGCUGACGAAUCCAUGGUGGGUUUUACCAUUCGAAUUCAUGCAGGGAAUCACCCACGCAGCCGUCUGGGCCGCUUGUUGCUCUUACAUAGCCCACAAUACCCCAAUAGAGCUGCGAUCAUCGGCCCAAGGCGUCCUUCAAGGAAUCCAUCACGGGCUUGGCAGAGGAUGCGGAGCUGUGAUCGGAGGAAUUUUCGUCAGUUCGUUCGGAUCCACUGCCACGUUCCGUGGUUACGGCCUGGUCUGCCUUCUGGUCCUCGCCGGGUUCGUCUUCAUCAACUUCUACAGAGUCGAUCAGGGAUUCGUGUCUGAUCUACCUGCUACUGAGGACCCUCGACAAGUCGCGGAAGAAACUUCGCAUCUUGCUCCACACGGGGUUCCUAGCAACCCAAUUCCGAGAGCUCUUUCUAGCACUAAGCUACACGAGUUGGCUCAACAAGAUGGGUACGGUGCUACCUAUCAAAUGGGACAGGGUGGAACCCUGGACAUUCCUGGAUCCAAUCCUUUCAAACAAACGAAUGGAAAUCAACAGCAGCAGCAGCAAGCGGGCUAUACUGGAUUUCAGAUGGGAACUACUAGAUCCCAACAACCUGGGUGUGGAUUUCCAGAACCAAGCACCACAUUGUUAACGCAGCAACCAAAAGCUCCUGAUAGCAGUUAUGAUUGGUAAUGAUCACAAACAAGAACUUAGUUCUGGUACUCAUUAUCUUAAGAAAUGAGCUCGAUAGCUGUGUAUAUUGUUGUUAACUAUAUGAGUCUUUACCUGUACUAUUGUUUUGAUACCGAUGUUAAUGGUUCAGAAUGGUAAUGGCAUUAUUUGAACCCUUUGGAUCAAGUAAUAGCUCGAGCAGAUCAGCCUUCCUGAAUCUUUGACAGUUGGUGCUUAGGAUGAAACAAAUUUCAUUUUUAGGUAUGUCUGAACUAGCCCAAGGCAUAGGCGGAACAUUUUGUUGAUCAUUCUUAGUCUAUAGGAGUUAUUAAAAAAAUCUUUGAGCUAUAUAAAUAAAAGGAUGCUGUAUCUUCAUGAAACGACCAGUCACAAGAAGAUGUUGGUAUAUCGAUCUUAAAUUGGAAAUAAUAUAUAAUAAUUGCCAAUAUGCACCUGAGAUAUUGUUCACAAAUUGUACCUCUGAAUGAACCAAAGUAGUAUAAGAGACUGAAAAAAGUCCAAACUGAACUAUCAGAAUCCGAGGAGUCAAAAGGGUCCAGAUUCAUUGAUUUCAACUAUCACUCUGAAAUUAAUUGAUUAUUUCACCAUCAUUUUUUUUUUCAUCCACAGGAGUGAGCAGGGUAUGAAGAAAUGACCUCUUCUUAAGCUACAUCAAAGGUUUUGAUUCUAUUCAGAAUUAAACAAGGUUUCUGUGCGUCUAAUACCAUCUCGCUUUCCGAGAUGUUUUUGUGGUCGUUGAUGAGUGGCAUCAAAGUUGUUUCCAUUGCAUUCGUUGUAUCUGACAGAGAGCGAUUGACAGAGAUGAAGAUAAUGGGAAUGGACAUGGAAAUGCACUUUUAAUAAAGAUAUGUUUAAGAAAAUAAUACAAUCUCAAGACGGUAGAUUUUAAUAGUGAAAAAAUCUACUACUUUGAGAAAUAUAUCAGUGCUCACAACCGAAAAAUCAAUGAAUAUUUUCACUAUGUAAGAAGACAUAUAGUUUUCAUAGCAAUCAACUACAAGAGAGUCAUUGGAAAAAACGUGGAAAAAUUGUUGUUAGGCAGUAACAGAGUAGGAAGGCAAAGAAGAAGGAUACCAGACGUUGUGAGAAUGAGAUUUCUAUUCGUUUCUGGAUGAAUGAACAUUGGGGUGGACCAAAAAGAGUUCGAAGCAAAAUGGGUUGCGUAUGGAACAGAAGAAAGGAAAUAAAAAAACUGUCUCAUUACUGACGGUGAUAGAAGUUGAAAGGAUAAAAUGAGACAUGUUCGAAAUACAUACUCACCCUGUAUUUACAAUACUGAAUAGUGAUGGAGAAGUAAUUUGAUUGUGUUUUGGUUUAUCUAUUCUUCAUGUUAUCCAACGGUGUUCUCCUUACAAUGUCCUACUCUAGUCGAGAGGUUUGGAUGGAACUUCAUGUGUAUGAGUUGAAUAAUGAUAUUAGUAAGUAAGUUGUUUGCUCCAGUGGAGUGUUUGAGUUCACUGGAUACUUUUGAUUUAGGAUAUCACCAUGUUAGUAGACCUAGUCGAUAGAGCAUAUAUAGAUAUUCCAUUCCACAUAAAAGAUUGAUAUAGUUUUGAAUCCAUAUAUUUGAUCUCUCUCCAAUGGAAGUGUGUGACUCAUUUCAUCUUUAUACCAAGUCCCAUGAAAUUUCCAGAAUGAAUUACUCUGAUACAAGAAACUUUCUGUUGGUUACGUGGGUCAUUUUCAGAUUCUUGUUAUCCAAAAUGAUAUCACUAGAACCAUAUAGUGGUCCCAAGACUGGACGUUGUGGUAUCCUGUUUCUAUUUUUUGUUGUUUUCUUUUCAAAGAUACGUACAAAUACCCAUGGAGAAGUCAAGACAAAUUCUUCUUCUUCGAAAUAUCAAAAAGACUACUCCCUCAAUAACUAUUUGUUUUAAAGGAAGCGGAUGAUGUUCAUAUACAGAUAUGAAUGUAGUUUCACUUGUUUGUAUAUGUUAUAAUGUUGCCUACAACAGAGAAUAUAAGCUUCCAUGAAAACCGUAUCUCUUUAAGUAGCAAAUUUUGCAGUCAAAUCGAUCAUAACUGGUGGAAUCGCAUUUAUUAUGUAUUUGAUUUCCUUUGUGCCGUUCCAUCACUAAGAAUUUUCAAUGCAUCUUUCGGUCACAUGUCCAAACCUCCAUCCACCAUAAUUUUAUUCUUUUGUAUAUGAUCUAGAUGCAUCUUUAUAAAAAUGAAUAACCAAAUAGUGAAAAUAUUUUGAAUUUUCCAGUUCGAAUAUUUGAAAGUAUGAUCAUUUCUCAGCACCACUCAGCUUAAAAUUGACCUCCAGUUGAAAGGUUCAUUAUUUGUUUGCAUCAUUGUAUGACGUGAAAAUGAUAACUUUUCAGAAAACACGGCUUUACAGUGCUAGCCUUAGGUGAUACAUAUCUCGACGAAAAUAUAUUAUUGAAAUAUAAAACAGUUAGAUAUAUUAAAUAUAUAUGUGAAACCUUAUACCAUAUCUGUAAAAUAUGAAAUUAAAAGCACUGUAAAAAUGAGUCACCAU